ACUACAGGCUACAGGAAAGCUGUCAGGUUUGCUUGAUCAAGCUUAACUAUGCAGCUCCAAUAGAAACCAAGCACACAUUCUUUCUUUGCCUUAGCAGAUGCCUAAAACAUGCGGACAUCAAUGCUCUUGUAUUAUUCUAUCCUUCCAUGAGGAUUGCCAAAGCUCAACAGAACAUACAAUUGAAAUCAGUAAAAAAAAAUGCUAUAUACCUAUCCACCUAUUCUAUCCGUCGCCACUUCUGCACCACACAAACACCUGCCGGCCAACCGUUUCCUUUUCUUCCACCCUAUUCUGGAAUUUGUUUUGUUCUCUCGGCAGACCAAACUCAAAUGUGUUGGUUUAUUGGUUGUUGUUAUCAAUUACCCUCUUGCCUGCUUUCGGUUCGGAGCAAUUCAGUAAUGCUGCGACCAUUCAAGUGUGAGCUAGAGGUUUUCAGAUAAUUCAGCCGCCUUGUAUCAGCGUGUAUCAGUAUCAUUCCUAUUUUUGUGCGAUAGAUAGUACGUCUAUUAUGAACCCAGAAAAGUUCAAUCUAAAUCGCAACGAUCUGGAGACUAUCGUCAAACGGUAUUACGCGAACCCCAAACUCCGCUUUCAAAUCGAAUCGUCGGAAGUGACCCACUUCAGCACCAGUCGAGCUGGAUAUCUCGGCGAUCAUUUCUUCCUGAAGCUACAGGUGAUCAUUGAGGACGAUGGAAAUCGCAAAGAUGAGUUGAAUCUCUUCCUCAAAGUUCUUCCGACGGCCAUUCCCGCACUGACCUCCUAUCUGGAAGCCAGCGGAACAUUCCGCAAAGAAACACGCAUCUAUGGUGACCUGUUCCCUCGAAUGCAGCAGUUCACAAGAUUUGCUCCGAAGGCAUAUCUAACGAAAGAUAACCGACAGUUGGUGCUGGAAAACUUGGCCCUGGAAGGCUUCCGAUCCGUAGCCGGUUGUGAAAUGGGAAUUUUCGACAAGGCGCAUCUGGAGCGAGCGUUGCAGGCGUUGGCCAGACUUCACUGCGCUUCGCUGAUGUUGGAAACCAAAACAGGUCGUACAUUGCCGGAGUUGUGUCCAGGUGCAUUGGAUGAGAACUGCUGGAUCCUGAAGAAUAACAACCCGCGAGUGGAAGAGUUGGAAAAUGCUAUCCAAGUGCUGUGUGAACUUGUAAAGGUCGUUGAAAAGGAUAACCCAGAACUCCCCGAUAUACUCAGAAAAUUACCCGAAUUUGUUCUACAAAUCUACGAUCUGGUGAAACCUUCCAGCAAGUAUCGUAACGUAGUCAGUCACGGCGAUCUUUGGGGAAGUAAUCUCCUGUUCAAAUACUCCGAAGCGUCAAUCCCCGAGGACUGCCUGAUCGUAGAUUUCCAAUUCGCACGAUACGCGCCUCCAGCAUACGAUCUGAACAUGCUGAUAACACUAACGACCACCGCCGACUACCGAAAAGAGUACUACAGCCACUUGAUCGAUUUGUACUACGCUACCGUGGAGCAAAUCUUCAUCGAUCAGUGUCUAUCGCCGGAGGAGAUCAUCCCAGAGCAGCCGUUUCGCGAAUCCUGCCACCGAUACAAAGUUUCGGGCAUCAUCGACAACUUUCUGAUGAAUCACGUCACGCUGUUGCCGAGGAAUUGCGUGGAUCGCGUGUUUUCUUCGCCAGAAGAGUACAACAACUUUAGCGGAGAGGACAAAAUUCGAAUGUGUCUAGGGGUUUUGGACACUGAUAUGAAAUACAGGAGCAGAAUUACCGGGAUCAUCAAAGAUCUUAUUGAAGCGCUGUGAAAUUUCGGGGAGAUAUCCCCUUAAGUCAUUACUUGACAUAUUUGCGAACAUUCCAUGUUAAAUGUAACAAAUCUUGCCAUUGUAGAUAUGAAAAUAAACCUUCCUGUUGUUAUUGGA